GAGACUAAGGUGGUUGCGAAGACCGGUGGGAACCCGAUGUGGCAGAGAGGCGGCUGCCGCCAACAACGAGGCGGAGGACAACACCAGCCACGCGCUGGGACACCGCCGCGAGCCUCUUUGCCUGCUCCGCGGCACUCAAAGAAGCGCUUUUCGCCAACUGAUCCUGCCAUCCCAGCGUCCCCGGCUUGUAGGCCGCUGAUUCUCCUUCUCUGAAGACUCACAGCCGAGAGCAGCUAGGUGUCCGAUUUGAGCUCGGGAGGCCCGCGAUAGCGCGCGGUGGGCGCCAGGAAGGGCAAGACCACUGGCAUGAAGACCCCCAACACACAGGAAGCCAAAGGGCAACAACCAAGGGCAGCUGCUGGACGGGCCACUGGGUCUGCAAACAUGACAAAGAAAAAAGCCUCCCAAAAAAAGCAAAGGGGCAGACCUUCCUCCCAGCCCCGCAGGAACAUCGUGGGUUGCAGAAUUUCACAUGGGUGGAAGGAAGGGGAUGAACCCAUCACGCAGUGGAAGGGAACCGUUCUGGAUCAGGUGCCUAUAAAUCCUUCUCUUUAUUUAGUGAAGUAUGAUGGAAUUGACUGUGUCUAUGGACUGGAACUUCACAGAGAUGAAAGAGUUUUAUCUCUUAAAAUUAUUUCUGACAAGGUGGCAUCAUCUCAACUUGGUGAUGCAAACCUUGCAAAUUCCAUAAUAGGCAAAGCAGUGGAACAUAUGUUUGAGGGGGAGCAUGGUUCUAAAGAUGAAUGGAGGGGAAUGGUCUUAGCCCAAGCACCUAUCAUGAAAGCUUGGUUUUAUAUUACCUAUGAGAAAGAUCCUGUCUUAUACAUGUACCAGCUUUUAGAUGAUUAUAAAGAAGGUGACCUCUGUAUCAUGCCAGAGACCAGUGAGUCUCCUCCAGCAGAGAAGGAGUCAGGAGGAGUUGUAGAUGGCCUGAUAGGUAAACAUGUGGAAUAUACCAAAGAAGAUGGCUCCAAACGGAUCAGCAUGGUCAUUCACCAAGUGGAAGCGAAACCCUCUGUUUAUUUCAUCAAGUUUGAUGAUGAUUUCCACAUCUAUGUCUAUGAUUUGGUGAAAAAGACCUAACUGUUCUGAUAAAGUUUGCCACAUUGAAGGGAGCAAAUGUGUAAUUUCUAGAUGUGCAAAAAAAAAAAAAUGUUACUUUUCAAUGUGCUGAA